AGAGAGCCAAAACAGAGCAGGCGCAGUACACGAGUCUUAUGAAGGCAGCUUGACCGUCUGUGAGCCAGACUGAAUCGGUGAAAAAGCAUUAUUUUUUGCUGUGAGACUCUCGCCAUGUCGUGAGAAGAGAUGGUCCUGUCUUCGGGACUGACAUAACGGUCAAAGCGACUCAGUGAACAUGGCCCCUAAUUCCAUCCACUGGUUCCGAAAGGGACUCCGUCUCCAUGACAAUCCUGCACUUCAGGAGGCAGUGCGUGGGGCAGACACAGUUCGAUGUGUCUACUUCCUGGAUCCCUGGUUCGCUGGGUCGUCUAACCUUGGUGUCAACAGGUGGAGAUUUCUCCUGCAGUGCCUGGAUGAUCUUGAUUCCAAUCUAAGAAAACUCAAUUCCCGCCUUUUUGUCAUCCGAGGACAACCAGCCAAUGUUUUUCCACGCCUUUUCAAGGAAUGGAAAAUAUCCAGGUUGACCUUUGAGUAUGACUCCGAGCCAUUUGGGAAGGAGAGGGAUGCAGCUAUUAAAAAGCUUGCGAUGGAAGCUGGAGUUGAAGUCAUUGUCAAGACCUCACACACCCUUUACAAUCUUGAUAAGAUCAUUGAACAAAAUGGUGGUCAGCCUCCCCUCACAUACAAACGUUUCCAGACUCUUAUCAGCCGAAUGGACCCACCUGAGAUGCCAGUGGAAACCCUCUCCAACACCAUUAUGGGCUGCUGCGUCACACCUGUCUCUGAUGACCAUGGGGACAAAUAUGGUGUGCCAUCCCUGGAAGAACUAGGAUUUGACAUUGAGGGACUACCUUCUGCUGUCUGGCCAGGAGGUGAAACAGAGGCAUUAACAAGGAUUGAAAGGCAUCUGGAGCGAAAGGCUUGGGUUGCAAAUUUUGAAAGACCCAGAAUGAAUGCCAACUCUUUGUUGGCCAGUCCGACUGGCCUGAGUCCCUACCUCCGUUUCGGCUGCCUAUCCUGCCGCCUCUUCUAUUUUAAACUCACAGACCUCUACAGGAAGGUAAAGAAAACCAGCACUCCUCCACUCUCCCUCUACGGUCAGCUGCUGUGGAGGGAAUUUUUCUACACUGCUGCCACCACCAACCCACGAUUUGAUAAGAUGGAAGGCAACCCGAUCUGUGUGCGCAUCCCCUGGGACAAGAACCCAGAGGCUUUGGCCAAGUGGGCUGAAGCUAAGACAGGUUUUCCCUGGAUCGAUGCUAUCAUGACCCAGUUGCGGCAGGAAGGCUGGAUCCACCACCUGGCUCGUCAUGCUGUCGCUUGUUUUCUCACUCGUGGCGACCUUUGGAUCAGUUGGGAAGAGGGCAUGAAGGUGUUUGAGGAGCUUCUUUUGGAUGCUGACUGGAGCGUGAAUGCAGGCAGCUGGAUGUGGCUCUCCUGUAGCUCUUUCUUUCAACAGUUCUUUCAUUGCUACUGUCCAGUGAGUUUCGGCAGGCGCACCGACCCUAACGGCGAUUUCAUUAGACGAUAUUUACCCAUUCUCCGAGGUUUCCCUGCCAAAUAUAUCUACGACCCGUGGAAUGCCCCAGACUCAGUGCAGGCCGCUGCCAAGUGCAUCAUCGGCGUCCACUACCCCAAACCAAUGGUAAACCACGCUGAAGCAAGCCGCCUCAAUAUCGAGAGGAUGAAGCAGAUCUACCAACAACUUUCCCGCUACAGAGGACUUGGACUUCUGGCCUCCGUACCAUCCACACACAACGGAAAUGGGAAUGGUAUGGCGUACUACCAAGGGGAACAGCAGUCCGGGACCAAUACACCAGCACCAGCUGUAUCGGGCAGUUCUGUUGCCAGUGGUAACAGGAGUGGAAGUAUUCAGCUGAACUUUGUCAGUGAAGAACACAAGGGACCAAGUGGAAUUCAGCAACAAAAACAGCAGCAAUUAGGACAAGGAUACCACUACAUGCCUGACACGGAGCACAACAGUCAACUUUACCAAUGUAAUGUCUCACAUGACAUGGCAGGCCCCCAACAUUCAGGACACCUGCUGCACACAGGUGGAAACGUGACAGGGAAGAGGGAGAGGGAGUCGGAACGAGAUCUUGAAGGUGAAGAUGACACCCUUUCCAUCUCUCACAAGUUACAACGGAAAAUUGCAGAGGUCACUCACUUUGGGAGCCAGUCAAAAGAGUUAAAUGGACAUGUUGUACUGAGCAGAACCGAUUCAAACGAAGCAGUCUGAAUGGGACUGACUUUCUCCAUUUGAGUUUAGAUCUGUCACUUAAACAACUCCUGUUUCACACUGGACGCGCAAGCAGUGCGGUGGCAGCGCAGAAGCUGUGCGUAUGCAGAGUGGGAGCAGCACGCGCCUGAUGUGCUUUCACACUAGCUGUGUUUGUCACGCGCACGCUGAACCGCGGCUUGUGUACUGGAAAUACAGGUGUAUCGUCCAUUCUGUCACCUUUUCCGGUGUUUUCCUCUGACCCUUGUCUGCAAUGUGCUUUGAUUUAUGAUAAGCAGCAUACUCUGCUGGGAUGCGACCGUGUUCCCCUCUGCCCCACACAUGUAACAUGCUGUAUAUAGGUUGUUUACAUGAUAAAAGCCAUUUUAAUAUUACAAUAUCUUGUACCUCUAGUUUUAAUUAUUUUAACAGGCCUUUAAAGUUUGGGCAAAAGCUCCUGGCAGUGAUGUUUUUUAAGUCUUUUUUUUCCCACAGAACUGAAUGUCAUAUGGUGAUUGUGAAUAUGAUUUUAUGAUAAAAUGUGUUAUUUUUCAUGUUAAACAGGUCAAUUUCUAUCAAGAACAAUGCACUUUGGCUUUAAUUCCGCGUGAGUGGCGCAGCAAAAAUAGACUAUAGCGCUGAAACAAUCGCGACACUGCCUCAUCUGCUUUGUUGCUGUGACACGCUGCCACGCCUGUUAACAUGGCCGUCGGAAAAAAAUAUGCGCUGCUUGCUCUCUGUUUACGCGUGCGGUGUGAAACUGGCCUAAAGCUUUGGGAAAAAUCAAUUUGACAUUUAUUUUUAUUUCUUCUUUUCCCCCCAUUGUUUCUCUAAUACCUAAACCCUUUACUCUUUUGGUUAUCUUUGUGAUUUUUUUUCAUCAUUGCACAGGGAAGGGUUUUGCUUACUGUCAAGUGAACCUUACCAAUUGGGAUAAAUGUAUCAGAUUUGAUCAAGCAGAUCUGAGCUUCAUUGUACACACAUCGCAGCUAGGAUUUUUUUAAGUAUUUUUGCAGUUUGGCUGGCUCCAGCACCAGCCAUCGGUUGAAAAAAUAAACAAUCGUCACAAAACACAUUUGUACCUAUUUCUCUGACAUUUUCUCAUUUUACAGUUUCACUGAUUCUCAAUCGAGUGGUGUAUGUACCACUUUUUGUAAACACAAAUUUAUAUAAACAGGCAUAUUUUUUUAUUGGCGUUUAAUUUUUUUUUAUUGGCAUGUCUUUGCCAGUUUAAUGUAUUAGUGUUUCAAUUUACUCAGAAUGCAUAUAUAUAUAUGGAUCAAAAAUGUUUUAAAAUGGGGUUUAAAGAUUUCUAGAUUUCAAAACCAUUCCCAUGAAUUGCUGAUUUUAGACCCUCGUGUUUUAACCUAUUUGUACAUUCUAUCAGGAACAAAACUUUGGUGGACCACAGUUCUUGAAUGUUUUUAAAUGGGCUACAAUGGUCCAUUAAAUGCAUCUAUUCUAUAGAUUAGCUACAGUAUCUUAUUUCAUGCUUCUGUCAUGCUUGGCAGACACACAUAGACAGCUGACCUUCACGGUCAGGCCUUAAACACUGAUACACAAAAAAAGCUAAAACUCUGCCAAAGCCUGGAAAUGACUCUGGAAAAGAAUUUUCAUUUAUCACUGCAUAUGUGAAGCAAACAUUUAUGCAUCUGUAUGAAGGUAAUGUAUUAAAAUGGAACGAGGACACCCUGUUGUCUCUAUACCCUUAAAAUCUCUUAAAAUGUUUUUUUUCUUUUAAUUGUAUAAAUCCCAAAUAUUUUAAAUUUGUCUGUUUGUGCCUAUUCAGGUAAAGCAAAACUAUCUAGAAGCAUCAUCUGACAGUAUUGGUUAUAAAAUGACAUUUUUACAUUGACAUUCCAAAAAAAAAAAAA